AUGUUCGAUCCGCGGAUUGAAAGUCUUUUUCUGCCGCGGGAUCUGGAAUUAAGGCACUGGUGCUUCCCAUGGUAUACCACAUAUACACUGCGUUGGUCUCGUCAUGGUACACUCGGGGACACGUCGCUCAAGACGCUGGAACUGUCGUCCAGCGGAACGAUUAGCGUCAGAAAGGUUAAAACCAAAAAUGGGACAGAGAAUAUAGCAAGUCUAGUUGAAGAGCUUAUCCUCAAGGACCAUACUGAUCGUCUUUUGGUUAUAUGCUUCGAGCCAUGGGAUCGACUUGAGGGACUUGGUUGGCCAGACGACCAUGAACCAGCAAUCGAAGUUGAAACUUAUUUGGAAGAGGAAGAAGACCGGCACCAGGCAGCCUCAAUUGUGAAAGGAAAAACAGAAAACGGUCCCAAACUGGUAUUUGUCUUAAUUUCGAUGAAUGGAAGCUCGAACCUCAUGAUGAAGACGAUUGACAGCAUGUCUGACUGGAGCACAAUCACCAUCCUGGGCACUCAGCAGAUGAGUAGGUUCCUUGACUGGGAUCUAAAUCACACCACAGCGAUCGUGCCAAAGGUACCGUGUCCAGAGGAACAACUAGACCAAUUAUCGUGGGUUCGUCGCAGCGACACGAAGGUAACAGUCAUUAUCACUGGAAAAGACCCUCUGAUGCUACACGACAACUGGAGAAGCUUCAUAAUGGAUGAUCGCGUCCGGAAAGUAUUGUUUCCGAAACGAGUGUUUGAGAAACGUCUCGUGAAAAUCGAAAAUGAUAAGAUGGCAGGUUUCUUCUGCGCCGUCGUUGCGCUUGAUGCGAUCUUCGGCAUCCACGCACCUACUGUCAUCAAUAUGAUGGGAUUACGCACCAAUGCAAGGGUUGCGACGGUCAAAAGUCUAAGGUAUCAAGGGAUAUUAAACGAGUCGCCUGGGACUGAAUCUGAACCCAUGCGGUUACGACUUGAAGAACUGGCAAAGAAUGAACAGCAGUCUCAAAUGCUCUUCUUACGUCUCAUGAUGGCUUUUGAGUACGACCAUAAGCUGGCAUUGAUGGUUUAUAAGUCGCUCAGCAGUGAUCAGGAUACUCGGAUUCUCACUAUCCUCGUCGCUUGCAUACUCAAGCUAGGACUCGAAGAGCUGAUUUUGACCGAGCAAAUUGUGAAGGUAACUCAAACAGAUGGCGGUCUCGAGACACUUUUGAAAAUGUGCACGGGACCAUUCCGAAAGCUCGCCAAAACAGGAACACUGUGGCUUAAGCUCGCGCUGAUGCACAAGGUAGUGUGGGUGGAUGGGGAGUUGGGCCUGUAUUACGACGAUGUGGAACUGCCCAAGCUCUUCAAGUCCAUCGUUCAUGUCGGUAACCAAGAGCGUCCGAUAGAAAUACCAUGCGACGCUUACCUUAGACUUGACCGCUUGAUACGUCCUAUCAACAAAGUAGUAAGCAGCGCAACAGGUGAGACGCGUCGUCCUGGAAGGCACUGGUCUGUGCUGGGUAUUGAGAACACGCUACGUGGUGUUCAGAGACAUGUGCUCGACGGACAUAUUCUUGAGGUUGUAUUAUCAAGGCCCCGUACCACACCGAGCUCUGUCCUUGGAAUUAGAAGCCAAACAACCCUUGAGUUUCGCCACAAGUAUAUGGGAGAUAUGGCGGCGAAUAUUGCAAGAGAUCUUCCACCCGAAAGUCUGGACAUGUUUGGAAUCGCACUCAGUAUUCCGGUACUUGAUUCGUCGACUUUCUACAUCGACGAAUGGAUCUCGAUCCCACUCCAAAUUGUCCUCUCAUGGCACGACUUACAUCAUGGCAAAGACGAGCCAUUGCUUGAUGGACUUGUUUGUUAG